UACCUAUUCCCACUCAAAUAAUUGGACUGUCUUAAUUUGACGUUUUUCUAUUUUUAUGUACUGUCAUUUGCAUUUCCUCAUUUUUCUAAUGAGAUAAUUAAAGAAACAGACCCACCAUUGUUAGAAAUUUAGGUGAAAAAGUGUUAACAUCAAUUUUUGGAGAGCCCGUCGUUAAAUUAAUUGAGCAUUUGAUAGCGACGAGCCGCAAGAAUGACCACGGCCGUGAAGCUGAUCGCGCUGUUCGCGCUCCUGCUGCAGAAGAGCGCCGCCGAGGCGCCCCUUUCGGACUCAGCCUCCCUUCCGGCGGAACAUCGCAACCUCUACGGGCCUCCCUUAUCAGGAGCUGGAUAUCCUGGCACUGGGCUCCUACAGGACGUCGGAUCCCAAGGUGAAGAAGCUUGGCCAUUAGCUACACCAGAAAUGCCGCAGAUUAAGGGCCUCCAAGUUCAAUGUGAGAAGACUCAUAUGAGGGUGAACAUCGAAUUCGACCGACCAUUUUACGGAAUGAUCUUCUCCAAGGGUUACUACAGUGAUUCACAUUGCGUCCAUUUGAAACCUGGAAAAGGACAACUCAGCGUAAACUUCGAAAUUUAUUUGAACAGUUGUGGAAUGUCUUCUUCGGGUAAUCAUAACGCCGCUAGUUAUGGAGGUCCAACCCCGAGUGGAAGUUAUGUGGAGAAUACUAUUAUUAUUCAAUACGAUCCUUACGUCCAAGAAGUUUGGGAUCAAGCAAGAAAAUUACGUUGCACGUGGUACGAUUAUUACGAAAAAGCCGUCACAUUUAGACCUUUCCAAGUCGACAUGCUCCAUGCGGUUACUGCAAACUUCCUCGGCGAUAAUUUGCAAUGUUGGAUGCAGAUUCAAGUAGGAAAAGGACCUUGGGCUUCUGAAGUAUCUGGGAUCGUGAAAAUCGGUCAAACCAUGACGAUGGUCUUAGCGAUUAAAGAUGAUGAGAACAAAUUCGAUAUGUUAGUAAGAAAUUGUGUUGCCCAUGAUGGAAAUCGAGCUCCAAUUCAACUCGUAGAUACAAAUGGUUGCGUCGUUAGACCGAAAAUUAUGAGCAAAUUCCAAAAGAUAAAGAACUUCGGCUCCUCGGCUUCCGUAGUAUCAUUCGCAUACUUCCAAGCGUUUAAAUUCCCAGACUCGAUGAACGUACACUUCCAAUGCGUUAUUCAAGUCUGUAGAUACAAUUGUGCAGAACCGAAGUGCGGUGGUCAUGAUUUGGGAAUUGUUGGAGAAUAUGGACCGCCGCCUGGUAACGCUUUAGGAAGCGGAGAUUUUGGAGCUCAUACCGCGGGUCUUAGCGGAGAUUAUGGUGCUUCAUUAUUAGGAGAAUACGGAGUUCCACCAGCAUAUAAUCCCGAUCCAAGACAUCCUUCUGGUCCAUCCGGGGCAUAUUCUGAAAAUCAACCCGACGUAGUCCCGGCUCCUCAAGCUCAAACAUCUUCAUCUACAUCUAACCCUCCAAAUCCUUCAUCCCCAGCUCCUCAAGCACCUCAACAAAGCAGCAACGACAUCCAUCUUCCUCCACCUCCACUACCAGGACAUCAUUCGCCAUACAGUACCGUUAAAAGAAAAGGAGUUGCUGAUGAAUUUGAAGGAAAUUUGGCUACAAUCGGAGGAAGACCAAGAUCUGUAGAAAACCUCUCGGAUCUUCAAGGAGUUAGGAGGAGGAGAAGCCCGGAAGUGUUAAACUUUGUCGUGAGCCACGUUUACAAACGAGAAGCACAAGAUAUGACGGAUGUCAAUACUAGCCGUACUAUUCAAGUAGUAGCUCCGGGAGACGUUAAUUUCGCAUUGAAUCCACCUCAAAGUAACGAAACUGUCGUCAUACAAUCUGCAUCAUCGGAUUCGGAAACAAUUUGUAUGUCGGUUCCAAGUUUUGUAGCCGGUUUGGUCAUGUUGCUAUUGGUGCUUAUCGUGGCGAGUCUGGUGGCUGCGUUUUUGUUCGUGAGGGUUAGGGCGAUCGAUCGCAAAGGGGCAUCGGCCUUUCUUGGUGCGGCCGCCUACGACAACGCGGAGUUUGUGAAAGUGUCUAACUGAAAUCGCGUGAAACUGCCGUUCCGGUUUCGAACUUUCCAAAGAUGUUCAGGAAGACCGAAUUUCGCGAGUGACAACGCUCGAUCACGGACUCUCUCUCCCCGAACUACCCCAUUAAAGAAAAUUCCCCGCUAAUUUAUUUAAGUUAUUUCUUUUAUUUGAUUAUUUGUUAUUAUUUAUUUUUGCAGAUUUCGAGCAUUUCCGAUCUAUUUUUUUGUUCAAUCUUUUCAUUUUUUUUUGCGAGAUGAAUAGGCUCACUUCUUUCCGACGACACGCGAGCUGAAGCUAGUCUACUGUAGUUAGAUUUUUUUUAGGAACAACAAAAUGUACAUACUGUGUAAACGUAUAUGAAAUACUCAAAAUGUAAUUAAUUUAUUCGCUACAUUAUCCGGGCUGCUACUAUUUUUUUUUGUUUUUUUUUUAGAACUGUAUAUGCUCGUACGAUCGAAAGAAUAAAAUAAUUAAAAAAAUAAAGAUCUUUUUUAAUUGUAGCCUUUUAUUUUGAAUUUUUCCU